AUGAGUGCUCCUCUCUAUCGCCGUCGUCGGCCUGCCGUUGCGUGUGUCGAGUGUCGACGACGCAAGGUGAAAUGUGAUCGUGCGUUUCCGUGUGGUCCAUGUGGGAGCGCAUCCCUUUUGUGUGGCUAUCGGAAUCCCAUCACCGGAUUGACCCAGACGGCACCUCGCGCGGGCUCGACUAUCACCGAUCUACCUACCUCAACGACUACUUCCGAGAAAGAUAGUGUGCGAACUAGUACGGUGUCCAGCUCUCCUCCGGUCAAUCUCACCCCAUCAAGCAGUGGUAGUGUUGGUCUGCCACCCCUCUUCAACUUUCCGUCAAGGUUCACAUUUCCUGGGGAUAUGUUGAUGAAUGAGAAUGAGUCCCUGGACCUCCCCGGACGCACCGUUUCUCACGCAAAGAGCCUGGGCUGUGGCAAACAUUAUAUUCAGUCAUCAUUUGGACAGUCAGAGCACACGGAUAUCCUCUUGCAUAGGUCAGACCAUGCAGACAUUCAGUCUCUUUGGGAGCACUGCUCUCAUUACGCCCGGGUUAUCAAGUCAGAGCGAGCCGUCAAGUACUACACCCAGUUAGGACCACCCAACAUCACGAAUAAUCUGCUCCCCAAGUCGACCUGUGAUCGUCUGGUCAUGCUCUAUCUACACACAUUCGAGUCUGUCUUUCGCGUGCUGCAUACCCCGACCUUCAUGCAACAAUAUGAGCUAUACUGGAACAACCCGCAUGGUGCAAGUCGGGCAUUUCCGUCCACACUCGCCCUUGUAUUGACCAUCGGGGCCUGCUUUAUUCCGGAGACUGAGGCGGAUGAACUUCAGCUGCUAGCACCAAAGUGGAUUGCCGGCGCUCAAUUUUGGCUCACCGAAAGCUUUGAAAAAUUCGACAUUGACCUGUCCGUAUUACAGGUCUCUACCCUGCUGUUUUUAGCGCGUCAAACCGUCCUUGAUCCGUCCGAGCUGAGUCACGCAUUCAUUUCCCGAGUUUUCGCCCCUGGAGAGCGAGAUGCGGAAGCGCCUCUGGGCGACGAUUCUGGAAAUGUCGAUACAAUCAUCUUUGGAUACGGCGAGCCGCCAUCCAACAUUGAUGAUGUCGAUAUCAGCAAUCUAUCCGCGGGACCAGAUAUCCCAGACGGUUUCACUCAAAGCACCGUUCAGCGAAUGCUGAUGCAAACCAUGGCACUUCGGCUACAGAUUCUUCGAUAUUGUAACUCUCUCAAAAAGGCCCCUGGUCAAGAUUACCAGUGGGUUGUCAAACUGGGCAUGCAGCUGGAUGCUAUGUGCCAUUCGCACACAGCCACGCUCCAAUCAUAUCAGAGAGAUUGCAACCCCGACACCCCAAAGCCAACAGACUUUCAGAUUCACCUGCUGAACAUGUUGACUCGUCGUUUCUUGCUGGCCUUGCAUUCGCCGUUUGCCGUGGACGCCAAAUUAGACCAAUCUUUCUACUUUAGUCGCAAAGUGGUCACCGAAAAUGCACUCGCCUGUCUAUCUCCGAUACAGUUGGCAUCUCAGGCACCAAUGCCGGCCGAUUCCCCGCCAGAAACUCAGCAACAAGAGCUUCUGAGAUUGAAGGUGCGCGGAGGCGAUAUCAUCCGACACACAUUAUGCCACGCUACCGCCAUUCUCAUCGUCGAACUCACCGCUGAAUUGGAGAAAAAUGAUUUUCCCAUUAUAAAUAGUCUUUCGCGUGAUCUUUUUUUCCACGCGGUAGAAGAGUCCAUGGAGAUCUUUCGCCGGCGGGUUCAAGCCGGUGAGACCAGUGUUGACAUUUAUAUCCUCUUCUCUUACGCCAUUGCCCAAGCCAAGGGGAUGAAGGCUGGGCAGGUGUCGCAUCAACAAACCGUUGAACCUGCAAAGGAUAGUUUAAACUUCUGUUGCGAAUUACUCAAGUUUCAAGCCCAGGUCAGCGCGGUUAGUUCUUUGGAGCUGACCCCUGGUCUUCAGGUGGCAUUAGAUAAUGAUCUUGGUGCUUCAAGCUUGUGGGAUGGCAUCAUGUGA